AUGGCUCCUCCUAGCGUCUUAAUGGUUGGUACCGGCGAGUACACCACCGGCUUCGUCGGCGGUGGUGCCUCCGGCUCAGACAAGAAAGUUGGUGUCGUCGGCCUGAGUCUCUUCGACCUUCGUCGCCGUGGUAAAGUAGCAGACCUAAGCAUGGUCGGCGUGUCUGGCAAGAAAUUCCCCGGAAUCCGCGACCAUCUACACAAGAACAUCUGCCAGGUCUACAAUGGCCUCGACACAUCCUUCGCCUCCUUCCCAGCAGACGACCAAACAGAUCCAGACGCCUACAAGACGGCAAUUGACGCCCUCCCCAAGGGCUCAGCAAUCACAAUCUUCACCCCCGAUCCCACCCACUUCCCAAUUGCAUUGUACGCCAUCGAGCGCGGUAUCCACGUAAUGAUCACCAAGCCCGCCACCCAGCGAUUGACAGAUCACCUUGCGCUGGUUGAGGCAGCACGCAAGCACGGCGUCUUCGUCUUCAUCGAGCACCAUAAGCGUUUUGAUCCCGCUUACUCUGAUGCGCGGGCGAAGGCCCAAAAGCUCGGCGACUUCAACUAUUUCUACAGCUAUAUGAGCCAGCCGAAGAGUCAGCUUGAGACUUUCAAGGCGUGGGCAGGCCGCGAUUCUGAUAUCUCGUAUUAUCUUAACUCGCACCAUAUUGAUAUCAAUGAGUCUAUGGUGCCAGAUUACAAGCCUGUGCGGGUCACGGCUACAGCAUCGCAGGGUACUGCUGCUGAGUUGGGAUGUGUGCCUGAGACUGAGGAUACUAUUACCUUGCUUGUUGAGUGGCGUCGUCGUGAUAACCCUGCUAAGAUUGCGACGGGUGUUUACACGGCUAGUUGGACUGCGCCGCAGGGUGCGGGCGUGCAUUCGAACCAGUACUUCCACUAUAUGGCUGCCAAUGGUGAGAUUCGUGUGAAUCAGGCUAAGCGUAGCUACGAUGUGACUAGCGAUGACCAGGGUCUGAUCUGGGUGAACCCAUUCUACAUGCGCUAUGCACCCGAUGAAGAGGGUAACUUCGGUGGACAAACUGGUUACGGCUACGUUAGUUUCGAGAAGUUCAUCGAUGCCGUGACAGCAGUCAACGAGGGCAGAGUGACACUCGACCAGUUGGAUGCUCGCCCUCUGCCUACUCUGAAGAACACAAUUGCCACUACCGCUAUCCUGGACGCUGGUCGUAGAUCACUGGAUGAGCGCCGACCAGUAGAGAUUGUGUCGGAGGGUGACAAGUGGGAGUUGAAGUAA